AUGACGGACAAAACGGAUUUCAGCGCCGUAACAUACAGAGGACCCGUUCAGGAUGGCGCUACGAAAAGCUUGCGAUCGGAGAUAAACCGAUCGGAUGAAGAGAUUGCGACAGAUCCUAUGUCUGCACCAUUAAAGCGGCAGCUCAAGUCUAGACAUCUACAGAUGAUCGCCAUUGGAGGCAUUAUUGGUCCUGGUCUGCUAGUGAGCUCCGGCAAUGCGCUGCACGAGGGUGGACCCGCAGGAGCUUUGAUUAGUUUCUCGCUGGUCGGCAUUAUCGUCUUCUUCGUCAUGCAAUCGCUGGGUGAAAUGGCCACGCUGCUCCCUGUGACUGGAUCAUUCACCGAGUAUGCGGAGCGCUUUAUUGACGACUCUCUUGCGUUUGCGCUGGGAUGGGCGUAUUGGUACUUAUGGGUUCUCGCAAAUGAAUACAACGCGAUAUCACUAGUCAUUGGGUACUGGACGGAUGCUGUACCUCAAUGGGGCUGGAUCUUGAUCUUCUGGGUGAUGUUUCUUACCCUGUCAAAUCUCGGAAUUUUGGCCUAUGGCGAGAUGGAAUUUUGGCUAUCUCUUAUCAAGGUGUUGGCAUUGAUUGUAUUUUUCAUUCUCGCAAUUAUCAUCAGCGCAGGUGGCAUUGGACCGCGCGCUAUUGGGUUUGAAUAUUGGCAUGCCCCCGGGGCAUUUGCAGAUUCAAUCAAUGGCGUUGCAAAGACUUUUGUUGUUGCGGGAACGUUGUAUGCUGGUACUGAAAUGGUUGGCAUCACCGCCGGAGAAUCGGCGAAUCCCCAAAAAGCAGUACCCAAGGCUAUCAGGCAGGUCUUUUGGCGUAUCCUAAUCUUCUACGUUGGUACUAUCUUCUUCAUUGGAAUGCUCAUCCCAUGGAACGACAAGAGAUUGUUGGGGGGGACGUCGAAGACAGCCAGCUCUCCCUUGACAAUCUCGUUAGAGGAUGCUGGAAUCCUCCCAGCCGCCCACCUCAUUAAUGCUCUCAUCGUUAUUAGUGUCAUUUCCGCAGGAAACAGCUCGCUUUAUGUGGCAUCAAGAACGCUGCUUUUCAUGUCCCGCAAUGGAAAAGCUCCAAAAUUCAUUGGCCGGACAAAUCGUCUCGGAGUUCCAUGGGUGGGCUUGGUGUUCACCAACGUCUUCGCAUGUAUUGUGUUUUUGGAGCAGUCCUCUAGUGCUGGGAGGGUUUACUCGGCAUUGAUCACCCUUUCAGGGGUUGCUACCUUUAUUGUUUGGUCAGUAAUCGGAGUUGCGCAUAUUCGAUUUCGGAAAGCCUUGGUCGCGCAAGGCCAAGACCCAUCAAAGCUCCCAUACCAAGCUCUCUUUUACCCAUGGGGUACCUACCUCUCGCUGGCAGCCAAUGUGUUCCUCAUUUUCUUUCAGGGGUACACUUGUUUCCUCAAUCCAUUUAGCUCGACUGACUUUGUGAUCAACUAUAUCUUGCUCCCUGUGUUUGUGUUAUUUGUGAUUGCAUACAAGUUCUGGAAUAAAACCCGUGUCGUCCGACUGGAGGAUAUGGAUAUCUGGACCGGGCGAAGGGAGCAGGUCGAUUCGGAAGAGCCCGAGUCACCCAAAAAGGCCGCCAAGUGGUGGUCUCGCAUUUAUUCGAUUGUUAUAGGGUAG